UCCAGCGGAGAGAAUGUGGCAUUCGCGGUUUGGAGGGAAAAGCCGGAGGAACAUUGGCUUCAUAAGUGUAGACUCGUAUAAAGUAUUAAAGUCAUAAAAUACGCACAAUUUUAUGUCAGUUAUGUGUGCGGAGUAAACAGUAAUCUGGUACACUUGGAAGCUACUACUGCUGGAUGAAAAGCCGAAAGGAAAGCGACAGUACUUUUCUGGAAUAUCAACAUAAGGAACACUUCUCCAGCUCGUCCUCCAAGCUGCCACCCACCGUGGUGUUUAAAUUCGGAGGUUGAAAAGUUUCUUGGACAUUACACUAAAAUAGGCUCUUUUUCCUGACCCCAUAAGCCUCUAGACACAGCAACAGUACCUCUACAAACCUCCAACCCUUCUGCUGGACCCUGGAAAUAAGUUCUCCCCCCCAAAUAAAUACUGAAGCAUAUAAAAGUCUGAGCAGGAAAAUAAGCAGCAGAAGAGUUUUUCCAUCUCGUCAGGCUCAGAAGAAACACAGAGGAGAGAGGACUUCGUGUCUUGGGCUGUUUUUGUGCUUUCCGCUGAGUGUCACGGAGAGGAAGCGGAGAGCCUCACCUGAUGCAGGUUCAUGUCACCGGUGCUCAGCAUGAGGCUUUGAGGAGGCUGCAGGGUUUGAAAUAAAGCCGGCUGAAACGCGAGGGUGGGGUGGAGCAUGGGGAAGGAGCAGGAGCUGCUGCAGGCAGUGAAGAGCGGAGACCUGCCGUCCACUCAGAAGCUGCUGGCCAAACUCAAAACCAACAGGAAUAAGUUGCUGGGCUCCACCAAGAGACUGAACGUGAACUACCAGGACUCAGAUGGGUUUUCGGCCCUGCACCACGCUGCUCUCUCUGGGACCACAGAGCUGCUCUGUGCACUGCUGGAGGCUCAGGCCACUGUGGACAUCAAGGACAGCAACGGAAUGCGUCCGCUGCAUUACGCAGCCUGGCAAGGAAAAGCUGAUUCUGUCCUGGUGCUGCUUCGCUCUGGAGCCUCAGUUAACGGGGUUUCCCUUGACGGACACAUCCCUCUGCACUUGGCAGCCCAGUAUGGACACUAUGAAGUGUCUGAGAUGUUGCUGCAGCAUCAGUCCAACACAUGUCUGAUCAACAAGGCCAAGAAGACCCCUCUGGACCUAGCCUGUGAGUUUGGAAGAGUCAAGGUGGCACAACUGUUGCUGAGCAGUAACAUGGUCGGGUCGUUGCUGGAAGGAGAAAGGAAGGAGCCAACAGAUGCGGCCUUCACCACCCCGCUGCACCUCGCCGCCCGCAACGGGCAUAAAGAUAUCAUAUGCCUGCUGCUGAAGGCUGGCAUCGACAUCAACAAGGCCACCAAGUCUGGGACGGCUCUGCACGAAGCUUCUCUGUACGGGAAAACAGAAGUGGUCAGGCUUCUGCUGGACGCCAGCGUGGACGUGAAUAUCCGAAAUAAUUACAACCAGACGGCGCUGGACAUUGUCAACCAGUUCACCACCUCCCAUGCCAGCAAGGACAUCAAGCAGCUGCUCCGAGAUGCGACGGGUGUUUUGCAGGUCAGGGCUCUGAAGGACUACUGGAACCUGCAUGAUCCCACCGCCCUCAACAUUCGAGCCGGAGACAUCAUCAUGGUGUUGGAGCAGCACAUGGACGGACGCUGGAAGGGCCACAUCCAUGACAUCCAGAGAGGGACAGACAGAGUCGGCUUUUUCCCUCCGUCCAUUGUUGAGGUCAUCAGCAGAAGGAAUGUAGGGGGCACCCUGUCCCGGCACGCCUCUCUGCCCACCCAGCGCCAGCAGCUGCUAUCCAGAGCCCCACUCUCCUCCAGCCUCAGCCCUGCCCCUCAGACCGACGACUCCUACACACUGUAUGCUCCUCCCACCCACAUCGUGCUGCCGCUAGCCAACGGCCUCACUACCAACACAGGUCCGUCUUCAAGCCGCCUGUCUCGGUCCGGAUGUCCCUUUGAGGACAUCUGGGUUCUUAGGGACUCAUGUAAUGCUGGCGACAGAAACAGCGUGGGGAGCACCGGCAGCGUAGGCAGCACCCGCAGCGCCGGGAGUGGACAGAGCACCGAAAGCAACAACGCACCCAAUGGACUCCAGCACCACAGCGGUCACCAUGACAAUGCCAGCAAGCCAGCACCCCCUGCUGUUGAUUCUGGACACUCAGACUUUGGCAAACAGCCUGAUCCUGCAGGUGGGGCUCCUCGGCGGCAGACAGUGACGGUGCACAGACCUGCAGAGCAGAGUUUCUCUCAGCAGUUUGUUCAUCCUCAGCAGCUGCUGGAGGGGAAGGAUGCAGAGGCCAUCUGUCAGUGGCUGAGCGAGUUCCAGCUGGAGCAGUACACUGGGAACUUCAUCAACGCUGGCUACGAUGUACCGACAAUCAGUAGGAUGACUCCUGAGGAUCUGACCGCCAUUGGAGUGACCAAACCAGGCCACCGCAAGAAAAUCUCCAUUGAGAUCAGCAACCUGAACAUCCCAGAGUGGCUGCCAGAGUACAUCCCAUCUGAUCUGGGCGAGUGGCUUAGUGCCAUCGGCCUCCCACAGUACCUCAAAAAACUCUCUGAGAAUGGCUAUGACUCCAUCAGCAUUGUCAAAGACCUGACAUGGGAGGAUCUGCAGGAGAUCGGCAUCACCAAGCUGGGACACCAGAAAAAACUGAUGUUGGCGGUCAAGAAGCUGUGUGACAUCCAGAGGGCCAUCCUUCAGGCUGAAUUAGGUCAAGGCACGCUGCAGCACAAAGGCCCCGGAGCCCUCCACCUGGUCACCAUCGAGCCGCCAGAUGCUGGAGGUGAAUGCUCUUCACCUCACACGCCAAAGAUGCUGACCUUCCAGGACAGCGAGCUGAGUGCCGAGCUGCAGACAGCCCUGUGUAGCCACUACGGAGGCCCUGAGGACAGUUUGGCCAUAAAGAAAGUAGUGGGGAUGUCCCAUAGCCAGGAGAGCAUUGACACUCGGUCAGGAGGCUCAGGCCGCUCCCAGGAGCCUCCCACAGCCUCCAUCACCCCCCACAGCUGGUCGCAGGAGAACCUGAACAGCAGCCCUGCAAAGGUGAGGAACCUCCCAGAGGGCUGGGACCAGAGGCCUUUGCAGCAGCAGCUGCCGCACAAGCAGGUGCCUCUGGGUACAGCCACUGUGUUUAAGUACCCGGCCAUUCCAGUCAAGCCCAAACUGUCUGGGUCUCAUGGGCCAUCCCCACACAGCUCCCCAGCACUGAAGGGUUUCAGCUACCUGCAUAGUCAAUCUGGCUCCACAAACCUGAGCUCAUCUCCCGGGUCUGAGAACCACACUGUGAUGCAGACCAGGAAGCGCACUCAGGGCGUGACUCGCUAUGCUCUGUCAGAUGGAGAGCCAGAGGAGGAUGACGAGGAGCCUGCACUUCCUUCAGGAAACCUACCGUCCUAUGCCACCUUAGCCCGCAAGCCGGGCCGCAGCCAGCUGGCUCGACUACAGUCAAGUCCAGACAAGAGCAGCAACGUGGGACGCAGUCAGUCGUUUGCGGUGCGCUCUCGGAAAAAAGGUCCCCCUCCCCCACCGCCAAAGAGGCUGAGCUCUGUGAGCAGCACCACCAGUGGGGAGCUGAGCAGCAGCAGCACGAUGUCCUCUGUUUGCAGUGUGGUGACUGACAGUCCAGGGAAUGUCAGGAGCAUUACAGCCUCUCUGGAAGGCAGCACAGUGGGGAAGAUCCCCCCAGGAAAAAAAAAAGGGCCGCCUCCAACUUCUCUCAUUUCUGCAGGACAGGAUCCCAGAGAGACUGCAGCAGUGAGGAGGAGAGUGCAGAGUGAGUGUAUCCCCACCCAGAGCAGCAGCCGCACCGAGCCGGACCGAGGGGUGAAGUCUGACUCUGAGGAGGAAGAAUCAAAAGGUCGUGGACUGGAGGGUUCUUCAUCCCCUCAGAACAGCUCCAGUGAGUGCAUCCCCUUUGCAGAGGAGGGCAACCUGACCAUUAAACAGAGGCCCAAAGCUCCAGGGCCUCCCAGGGCUGAGGCUGUGCUGGAGCCUCCAGAGAGAUCAGCAGCCAAGAAUCUGGAGGUGCCCGAGUUUAAUCUGAAGGAGUCGGACACAGUCAAGCGCCGUCACAAACCCAAAGACAAGGAACAGGGAGCAAGUUCCCCCAGCAGAGAGGGAGUGCCUGGAUCAGAGUCCGACAGCAGCAGGCCUCAGUGCCAGAGCCAGGAGGAUGUCAGUCUGAGGAUCAGUGAGGCUGGUCUGGAGACGCCAGGCAGUCCAGCUACAGGGGCCCCCAACAAACCCGCACUCUCACCGAAACCUCCUGCUGUUGCUCCAAAACCUCUCCGCCAGGGUCUGCUAGCUGCACAAGCAGGACUUUCCUCUCCAGCUGUGACCAUAAAUGUGGUUCAAAGUGUGGCCUUUUCCACUCAGUCCUGUUCGUCCUCGCCAGUUCACAGGCCCACGGUGCCCACGGCGGCCCCCUCAGCCUCGGCCUCUCAGAGCUCCUCACUGACAGCGAUGAGGCCUCAGGUGUCUGUGGUGGGCCCGGGCCUCAUCCCCGAGUCGUACAGUGGAAGUGGGGGGGGUCAGCAGACAGCUCUGAUGGCUGUGGAAAGAAAGCUGAACCUGGAGGACAAAUCAGAUUGUGGAGCAAGCACAGUGAGAUCUGCAGGGACCAUUCUGGAUGACAUCGGCAACAUGUUUGACGACCUGGCUGACCAGCUGGACGCCAUGUUGGACUGAGGAGUUUUCUAAAAUCCCUAAAAUGAAAAAAAGAAAUUUGCCGUUGAACCUCAGGAAGUGAACCACAGUAAGAGAAAAAGGGGGGAAAGGAGAGAUGAUAGAGGGAUUUCCCCACCAGCGUUUUACCCCCUGACUCUGAAUUUCCACGGUGGAGACAGAGGAGAUUUCUCAGCCUGAACACCAGCACUUAUUCUCCAGUAUGUUUCCUAAACUGAGUCCUUUACUCACAAAGGAGUUGAAUGUGGCCGUCGAAUUUCCUCGAGUCAGUCCAGCACAGACAGUUUUUACAUUUUAUAUUGUAUCAAAUAUGAAUCAAACAGAGACAGAAGUUGGACCAGUGGUAUAUUAUCAGCCCACAGCAGUGGGUGUUAUUAUUAUUGUUAUAGUUAAAAACUAAUAUUGUUUUAUCUUUUUGACAAGUCCUGACAUCACUUCCUGUCCGGCCUCUGUUCCAGUAGCUCAUUCUGUCUUUGGGUAGAAGUUCCCGGACUUUAUUCUCCAUAAUGUGAGAAACAUGCGGGUUGAUUCAUGAGUUUGAAGGUUCAUCAGACGCCAAAACUCUACACACAGCUUUAUAAUAUUCUGAGAGAGGAACACUAUCACAGAGACAGUCAAUAUUACGCUUAAUGUUGCAAAGUUAUCAAAUAAGAAUGUGGUCUUGUUAGACCAGCGGAACCGCAGCCACUUUGCAGUAAAGUUAAAGCCUUUUUGUUCCCUUUUAAUUGCAUCCCACCAACAUUUUAGCUGUAAACAAGCUGUUCAGUCUCACAGCGUGCCACUGCUGCUCCUUACAGUUAGAAUACAGCACUUACAUGCCAUAUGUUAUUUUUCCUUAUGUCCGUACUGGCUGUGAAGUGAUCCCUUAUUUACAAUGAAGCCUUCAGCAGUCGGAGUUGCCCAUAUCAAGUGGGUAUUUUCUAGUAAUAAACUUGCACGACAACCAGGAUGAAAAUACUGUAUAGCUACGGUAUAUUAAAUAUUUACCACACUUAUAGUAUAUAGGCAUACACAGUGAACCACACACCAUACUGUAACGUUGUGUUUAAAGGCUGCAUGUUUAAUGAGUUGUGUUAUUACAGAUGUUCUUACUGCUGGAACAAAAUCCAGAUGAUCCAGUUUCACUUCAGCUCUGUCUUAACCAUGUCCGAUCAUUUCAAAUUUUACCUGUGUAAUAUUUAAAAAUCCGUUUUAUUCCAAGUGAUCCUAACCCAUGUGUAGUUAGUCUUCCACUCGCCUGUUGCCAGUAUGUCCGUCUUCUUAGAAACUGACCUUUUCUACAGAUAUUUGUGUAUUUAUGAACCUUCUAAACGUGUUCAGUAAUAAUGCCACGUGCAAAGAGAAGAGAUGCAUGUUCAGUUCGUUUCACAUGUGGAUUCCGUCUUUGUAUGUACAAGGGCAGAUAGUGUGACGUGACAGUAAUAUUCAUACAUACUAUUUUUUGAUAUUCAAUUUAGGAAAAUUAGUAUUUAAAUUAGUCAUCUAAAUAUGUAUAUUGUACACUAGAGGUAUAUACAGGAGCAGAAACCCAACCAAAGGACUUUGUACAGAUUCUCUUCAGAUAUUUUCAGAAACAAAAAAAAAACAGACUGAUGAGCUGUUAGCUGCCUUGUUAUUGUUUGUUUAUGAAAUGUUAUGUUUGUGUCCAGCCUGCAGUGUAUGGAUAAAGUUUCCAUAUUUAGCAUGCCAUAAGUGUUUGAACAUGUUUAGUUGGCGAAGAAGACCCUGGUUAACCCUGGUGUGUUGGUUUUGUCCUGUGGCCAUGCGACCUUGUGUGAAUGAGAUGUUCUGUGUUGGACUUUUCCUCUGAGUCUCAGGAACACACCGCUCCUCUGGCUUCUCCUGCUCACAGUAUGGAAGAUAUAAAAAAGAAAUCUAAGAGUAUAUGCAGUCACUGUGGCGUGGUACAAGGAUAAACAUUUGAUAAAACUAAAGUAUUAAGCUUGCCCUUGAAUGACUUUUCCAAAUUCAUAUUUAAUAAACAGUUAUUUCAUUAAAAAAAUUUAUGAACCACAAUAAAACUAAAACUCAGGAUGCUUUUUAAAUAGUAAUAAUUUUAAAGCAUCUUAAUUUGCCCCGAAACAGUCUCAGCUCUACACUAAAAGUAUGUAUGUGCAAUGGGUCAAUCUGCAUCAUAAUGGAGGUGGAUCGUGUGUGUGUCUCCAUGUGAGUGUGCACACUGUAUGUCGUUUUGAUAAUUACUGUUGUUUUCAUUGCCUUCUGCUGUAUCAUUUGUUUAACCAUUAAAUAUCUAUAAUG